AUGAAGCACCCAUUCCAAAUAUUGGUCACCGACAAGCUGGGCGAGCACUUGUUUGUGUCUGUAAAGAACAAAUUGCUUGUCUUCCGUUUGUCCGACGGUGUUUUGGUGGGCACCUGGACAGAUACCGUCGACACUCAGACUUUCCAGGAACAGAAGUUCAAGGCCAGACACGAGGCACAGAAGUUGAAACAGGAGCAAGAGCCAGCAUCCAAGAAGGCUAAAACUAACAAGAAGGAACCAAAGGUUCCAGUUCCAGGUCCUGGUGCUCCCGUGAUCUACAAUUACAUUCGCUCGUUAACAUUAACCAGAGAUGAGCAUCACAUUAUCGGCACUACCGACAGCGAUAAAGCUGCAGUUAUCUUCCUGAUCGACUAUUCCAAGGAGAAUUGUCUUGCGCUUGUUAAGCGUCAAACCUUCCCGAAACGUCCAUGUGCUGUUUCCACUUCUAUCAAUGAUGCCGACUUGAUUGUUGCCGAUAAAUUUGGUGACGUGUACAGCAUUCCAAUUAAUGAUGAACGUAUUAUCGAUGAAAAGGCCCUAGUUCCUAUUUUGGGACAUGUGUCCAUGUUGAGUGAUGUUUUUGUGGCUGAGCAUGACAACAAACAAUACGUCUUGACAGGUGACAGAGACGAACACAUCAAAAUUACUCACUUUCCCAAGUCGUAUGUUGUGAAGCAAUGGUUGUUUGGUCAUCGUGAAUUCGUUUCUUGCUUAAAUCUUUGUGAUUUCAACAAGGACAUCCUUGUUAGUGGUGGAGGAGACGAUUAUUUGAUGUUGUGGGACUGGUUCAACGCAAAAAAGCUAGCUAAAGUGGAGCUCCGUGAAUUAAUCCAGCCUUUCUUGAAAGAGGAUCAUUACCCUCCCGAAAGAUUUAGGAAUGAGGAUUCGCCAAAGGAGAUCUCCAUCACAAAGGUUCAAACCCUCACACACAACGGUGCUCACUUGAUAAUAGUCUUAUGUGAAAACACGAACUGUCUUUUGACAUUUGAAGUUAAGGAGGAUUUCUCUAUUGUUCACAAGCAGACAUUCACAACCGACAAGCCAUUGGUGGAUUUUGCUAUUGUGAAAGACUCGAUUUUUGCAGCAGUCGAUUGCGAAGACGGAGAGUUGAUCGAGAUUUACGCUCUCAAUGAUGACUUGCUUCUAGAGAAAAAGGAUGACGAGUUGGCCAAGAAGAUCUCUCAAGCAAGUGACUGUGAAGUGGAAUCCCGUAAUGACUUUUAUCCAUUGUAUUACAUCAGCUCGUUGAGAAAGAGAAGCGAGCAUUAA